CUUCGACCUGCUUUGCAACUGCGCCUGCGUUUUAUAACGCGUUUAAAUAUCGAAGACAUUAACACGGAUAAGAACCUCAAUUUGCCACUUGUACAACAGCAACAGCAACAACAGCAGCAACAUCCACCACCAACUCAGCAACAGUUAGCUGCUGCCGUACAACAGCAAGCGCAGCAAGCGCAGCAACAGCAGCAACUUCAACAACAACAGCAGCAAAAGGCGAAUAUGGUGAACGCCCAGAGCCAGCAACAGCAACAGGUGCAAAUGCAGGCAGGGGGCAAUGCUCAACCGCAGCAGCAGCAACAGCCCUCACAACAGCAACAGUCACAACAACACCAGCAACAGCAACAACAAUCCCAACAAAAUGUACCAAUGGUUGCAGUGGGCAGUGGCAGUGGUGCUGCAGGAGGUGGCAACGCGCCUGGUAAUCAUCCACAAAUGGCUAAUUACAAUUUAAUGGCGCAGCAGCAGCAACAACAACAACAACACCAACAGCAGCAUAUGGCUGCAAAUAUGGGCCAGCACCAACCACAACAAAUGCAAUACUUUAUGCAAAACAUGCCACCCCGCUAUUGAGUUGACGUUGGUAGUGCGCAUUUGCAUAGAAUUAUUAAGUAUUGGCUAGAUAUUUCGCAUCGCAAACGCAUGUUCGUUUAUAAGAAGACUUUAAAGUUUGUGUGUUUUUA